AUGGGGUGUUUUUUCCCCCUUUUCUGCCUUUUUGCAUUCUUUUACCUUGGAGCCUCUCAAAAUAUUCCCCGGCUGAGGCUGAUUCCCAAAGAUGCCGUGACCCAAAGUUUCAAUCAGAAGGAAAGGCUGACAGCCAUGUUCCAUGAGGCUGGGUCCCCUCAACUGAUUGUGGGAGGGCGAGGAACAGUGUGGAUUCUGACUUUUGUGGGUUCUGAAAUCACACCCACCGAGGUGCCAGUGCGCGUCGAAGAGAAGGCUGAGAAGGAUUGUAAGAGAGCAGAGAAGGGCGACUGCGACAACUUCAUCCAGAUGAUCGAAAGGAUAGAGAACAAAACCCUGGUCUGUGGCACGAAUGCAGGUUCUCCCAAAUGCUGGCUUUUGGUCAACACAUCACUGCAGAGAAGCAGCCAGGGUCAAAUUUUCACCAUGGUGGGGGAAAACGUUGUCUCAUCCUCACCGUUGCAAAACGCCGUCACCAUCGCCAUCGAAGACAGCCUCUACUCGGCCUUAUCCGGGAAUAAAAGUUCCUUCCAGAGAAGCUACGGACGGAAAAAAGGAGUCAAGACGAGGGACAGUUGGAUCAGCAAUGCUGAGUUUGAAGGAGCAGCUCUCUUCCCACAUAAAGAUCGGAGGAAAGAUGAAAUUUUCUUCUUCUACAAUGAGGUCAACCGGUCUGCCGGCCUGGAUGAGGAGCUGUACAAAGUUUGGCUUGGACGCGUGUGCAAGGUGGAUCAGGGAGAAAAACCAGGCUCGGGGGAUUUCUGGAGCACCUUCCUCAAAGCAAGGCUGGUGUGUGGACGCCCCCACGAGCCCCUGCUUUUCCACCGCUUGGAGGACGCCUUCGUUUUCAGAGAGGAGGGCCAGGCCGAGGCAACCUUGUACGGGGUCUUCUCCAGCCCCUGGGGCUCCUCUGCAGUUUGUUCCUACUCGAUGAAACGAAUCAGCUCCCAUUUUGAAACUUCCAAAUUCAAGGAUGCUCCCGGCUCCAUCCCUCAUCCCAGACCUGGCCUGUGUGUUCCACCAGAUUCCAGCUCUUCCUUGGCCAAAAUGCUGGCCUUCAUUAAGGACCACCCAGAGUUGGAAGCCGUUGUCUAUCCAGAUGAGGAGCAACCUCUGUAUGUCCUUCAGAUGAACGAUACGUACACUCAGGUGGUGGUGGACAAGGUCCGAGACGCCAACAAUGUGUCCCAUGAUGUCCUCUUUCUUGGAACUGCCAAAGGGAAGAUCCAUAAAGUCCUCCGAAGCAAAGAACAGACAGUAAUCAUUGCCGAGUUAAGCCCCUUCAAGGGUGAAGCACCUGUCACCCAGAUGAUCCUGGAUGCUGCCACGGGCCAUCUCUACGUGAGCACCAAGUUUGAAGUCACGCGUCUACCCUUGCACGACUGCAGCCAAUAUAAUGGAAAUUGCUGGAAGUGCAUCUUGGCCCAGGACCCUUACUGUGGGUGGGAUGCAGCUGGAAAGAGUUGUUCCGCCAUUUCCCAGAAAAACCACACCAACAGGUUGAUCCAGAGCUUGGAUUCAUCCAGUACCACUCAGGCGUGCAAAGCAGCAGAAGAAAAAUUAUCCCAGGACAGCAUCAAGAAAGUCAGCGUGGAUCACACGGCUUACAUCUACCUACCCUGCCCUCUGAGGUCCCACCAUGCCAGCUACAGCUGGGUCAAGGACAACAAGUUUUACCCCUGUGCCAUGGAGGACCAAUCUUGCACGCUUCGCUUCGGGCAACACACGCCGAUGGGCGAAGGCCUCUUCAAGUGCAUGGCUAGAGAAAAAGGCUACAAGGAGGAAAUUAUGGGGUUUGAGGUUGCUCUGAGUAGUGGAGUCAUUCCGGAGCUUGCUCUGAUGCUUUCGGGUGCUGCAUUCCUCACCAUAACCAUCCUCUUGCUAUAGACCAGAUCUGUAGCUAGGAGUGGAUCC